CCCUGACGUAAACAUUGUCGGUGCCGAUAUAAGAUGGGUGACCGCUCUCAGCCAAUGUACAGAGCUGGAUAGAUAUCCGCCCGCUGAGGACGGAGACCGCUCGUCGAACACCACCAGGUUCAGCAUGCGCGCGUGCCAAGUAGUCGUGGUGGCCCUACUGGCUUCGGUAGCGGCCGUUCACGCCGAAUCCAUUGAUCCCAGCAAGCUACCCGCUAGCUUGGCCAAGCCGUACGCCAUCUUUUUGGCGUCCGGGGCGGCCACCUCGUCGACCACAUUCACGCUCGAGCAUACGCGCAUCACCAUCACCAAGAACAAUGCGGCCAAGUCUUCCUCGCUGGCGGCGAGGCCGCGUGGUGUCCGCUUCGUGGUCACAGACGCGGCUGCCAAGGGCUUAGUCUGUGUGCCCAAGGGCAGCCUGAAAGCCUCCGGCUCCGGCGGGGCGGGCGGCGCUGAGAUCAUUGCCGGAGCCGGUGAGGCCCAGAAGGCCGAUAUCACCAUCGGCCAAGGCAAGGGCAUCACGGCCACAAUCAACAGCGGCAUCUCCACAUCGGCCUCCGCCUCCGGUGGCGGCGCCGCCUCGGCCGCCUCCUCCGUCGGUGGUGCCGCUUCAGCCGCCGCCUCCGGCGGUGGCGCCGCCUCGGCCGCCUCCUCCGGCGGUGGCGCCGCCUCUGCCGCCUCGGGUGACCGCGCCGCCUCCUCGGCCGCCUCGGGCGAGGGCGGCGCGUCGGCGGCGUCCAGCUCCGGCGACAGCAGCUCGGCCUCCACCUCGGGCCAUGCCGAGGCCGCGGCGGCCGGUGGCGACUCGAGCGUGCACGCCUCCAGCGCCGAAGGCGGUCUGGACGUGUCUGUGAGUGGCGAAGGCGCUCAGGCGUCCGCUUCUGACGGUGAUCGCACCAUCACGGCCGGUGGCAGCGACCGUAUCGUCAUCGACGAGCGCUUCUGCGAGUGCGUGCCAGCCUAUCUCUGCGACGAAGAGGGAUACAUCAACACCUUCGGCAGCGGCAUCAUCGACAUCCGCUCCUUCACCAACAAGAGGGUGCGCAACUACCUCUCCAAGUGCAAGCCGGACGAGACGUGCUGCCGUCACCGCGACAACGAGCCCAUCGGGUGGCUUCCGAGCGGCUGCGGCACGCGCUCUCCCGUCCGGCUGGACCGGCGCAUUGUUGGCGGAGAGGCGUCAGCGAUCGGGAGAUACCCGUGGAUGGUGGCCAUCCUGAAGGCGACGACCGGAGACCCCGAGUACCUGUGCGGCGGCUCUCUGAUCGCCGAGGACGUGGUGCUGACCGGCGCCCACUGCGUCGAGGCGCACCAAGGCCAGCAGCUGAUCGCCCGCGUCGGCGAGUGGGACACCUCCAAGCCGGACACCCUCUACCCGCACCAGGACAUCCCCGUCUCCAAGGUGAUCACGCACGAGGCGUUCAACGACAAGACGCUGUUCAACGACGUGGCGCUGCUGAAGCUGAGUCACCCGGCGGAAAUCUCGCAGCACGUGAACACCAUCUGCCUGCCCGUGGGUGCCGCCAUCGACUUGAAGGACUGCGUCGCCAACGGCUGGGGCAAGGAGUCGUUCGCCAACAGCCAGUACACCAACAUCCUGAAAGAGGUACCGCUGAGCGUGGUGGACAGCGGCACCUGUCAGAAGGAGCUGCGCACGACCAAGCUGGGCCGCUGGUUCAAGCUGCACGACUCGUUCUUGUGCGCCGGCGGCGAGAAGGGCAUCGACACGUGCAAGGGCGACGGCGGCUCGCCGCUCGUGUGCCGCGUGGCCGACGCGACGGAAGAAGAGACCUUCGUACAGGUCGGCAUUGUCGCCUGGGGUAUCGGCUGCGGCCAAGAGAACAUCCCGGGCGUGUACGCCGACGUGGACAAGCUGCUGCCCUGGAUCCAGGCCAACCUGCCCAAGCUCAGCGAGGACCUUACCGUCGGCUACCCCUGAGUGGGCGGCCGGCGCCCAUCCUGAGCCUGCCCUCCGCUGUGAUAAGAGGCCAGCAGGCGAGCGGUGGACAGCGGGCUGUGUUUACGGACCGUCGGCCUGGUCUGCGCGGGACGGGGCCGCGGUCGACAGAGAACCGACGCCAUCUCGCCACUGGCCGCGCUCCUCCAAUAAACAUAUCUGGCAGAUC